UUUAAAGCUGAGGACAUGACUGAUUUGAGCAUGUAAGAAAAAAUGUUGAACUUGAAUUUAACGAAGAUUCAGCGUUACAAUGCGAACAAGUAGCAGGAGACAACAUCGGAAAGACUGUGUAAGAUAAUUUUGUUUCUUUGAAUAGAAACAGGACACUGGCAGUUAAAAAAGUUAGAAAAUACAGUGCCACCAAAAUCCUGCCCGUUGUCGCCUAUGGGAAUCUCAAAAUAUAAGGUCCACAUGUGAAGCACUGUGCCAGCCACCCUUCACAUACACUCACACCAACAAUAAUGCAGGCAAAAGGCUGACAAUGUCAAACUGUCAGUGUUGAAUUGGCCACAGGUCUGAUAAGCCAUGGCUGAGCAGAUGGGUAGGAGUGACAGCCGCAGCAGUGCCAGCUGUGGCGACAGCAGUGGGAGCAGUGGUGCUGGUGGUGCUGGUGGUGCUGCCAGUGGCAGCAGUGCCCCUGGCAGCCAGGGCUCCUUUGCCGAGGUCACCGUCAUCGACUCACAGUUUCAGCACUUCAGCAGCUACAUCGAGGUCAUCCGGGUCUACAAGUGCCGUCUCUGCACCUUCUGCAGCCCGUUGGAACACGUCAUUGCCAGCCACAUGUCUGAGGUGCACUUCCCACGCCGAUGUUUCCUCUGCAAGCAGUGCCUCUUCGUCUUCGAGGACCGGGCCCAGCUGGCCAGCCACCUGGAUUCAGCCCACGGCACCAAGAGCAUUGCAGUCUGCUUCGGGGAUGCCACGCUAUCUAGCACCGGUUACCCUCCUUCUUCACCCCCGCCCACCUUGAGGAUGAUGAUGAGGACAGCCGAGGGAGAGGAGAGGAUUCAGCAGCAGAUGAUGGAAGAGGUGACUGGAGAGGAGGCUAGGAAUGGACGGGUGACGUCAAGCACUGGUAACCUGGCUAAUCUUACCAACACAUCCAACAGCAGUCCUUCCCAAGUAGACUCCAUGGAGCAUUCAGGUGCUGAAUCUGGGGUUGCACAACUAGAGGGAGACAGAGCCAGUGAGCCUCCUUCUGUGAUUGGAAACACCAGACAAGAGCAAGAGCAGUCCCACAGUAGCUCUUGCCAUCCGAGCAGCUCUAACCAGGCAAACAGCAGCCCAGACAUCAUUGACUGCGAGGUGGUCAACCUAAUCCCGAGGUCUGAGCAAGUUCCUCCUAGUAAGCAGUCGCCCUCCGUGCCCGCUUCCCAGGCUCCCAGCACAGAUCUCCGCGUCACCAUUGGCAAAGCGUACUGCCAGUCGUACAUCAAGACGGAGCCCAUCAGCCCGGUGAGGAGCUCCCAACCCCAGCAAGGUCAGAAGCCCAGACCCUACCUGGGACGAAGCCGGCAUGACCCAAGGUCCUACAUGCGCCGCUGGUCCCUGACAGAGAACUCUUUGAGCGAUGACAGUACAAUCAGUACCCCUGCAAGAAUGAGCCGCUCGUUUGAUGCACCAGGCUCUGGCAGUGCUUUGCAGAAUGGCAUUGAAGAGGAGAAGGCCAACAGUGACAGGGACUCUAGCACCCAGAAGAUUCAGAAAGUUACCCCAGCAACUACAGAGGGUGAAAAUAGGUCGGGGCAUACAGACAGGAAUUCAGAAUGUAAUAAGUCAUUAGAGGAGAGGAAUGACAAGGAAGAUAGGGGUAAACCCAUGGAAAAGAGUAAAUCUUUAGAUACUGGUAAAGAGGCUGAGAGCCAGAAUUUACUCGGGGUAGGGAAGUCAUACAUUAGUGGGCGAUCCCUAGAUGGAAGGCCUCCUCGUUUGGUUCGGCAAAAUGUUGUUGAGGAGAGUCCCAGGAGCUCACCUCAGAUGAGAGUAGUGGCAGAUGACAGUUCUAUUUCUCAAGAGCAGAAUGAGACAUCUGUGGUUACCAUACCAUGUGGCAUAGCAGAGGCUAUGCGGCGUGAGAGUUUCAGUCGCAGCUUUCCCGGCAGCAUGGGGAGACCGCCCGUGGAGCAUCUUUCCAAUCCCAAGACCUCUGAGGUGUGUUCAGAUUUCAGGCCGACGCUGAGGGACCUUGUCAGCAGCAGGAUGCAACGGGGGGAGCGGCAGCAGCUUCCCCCAUCAACGGCAGGGGCUGGCCAGGACCAAGGCAUUCCUCCAAGCAGCACCAUGGUGCCGAUGAUGCGGUCAGGAAGGGUGCGCAGUUACAGCGUAAGUGAGGGGGACAUGCAGGGGCUCCAGAAGAAUGGCAACCCGAAUCGGUCUCUGCCGAAAUUAGGUGACGGCCAUACAGAGGCAUCUCCUUUGGAACGAGACCACCCUUCUGGCAUUCAUUCGAGACAGCCUCCAGGCAGCCCUCAAGUACCAGCCAUGAUUCCUCACCAGUAUCCGGCGUUAGUCUACCAGCCCUACUCCAUUGAGGGAGAGCCAAAGCACAUGAGAUACUUCAACCAGGCCCCCAGGAUGGUUAAUCCUGGACCCUUGGAUGGCCCACCCCACCCCCUGCAAAUGAGGCAAGAGGACAGUAGCCAACAGCCAGGCCCUAACCAACCUGUUGAGGAGUCAUUCCUCUACCGCUACCUGCGCAACAACGGUGGUCGUAAGUUCAGGCGCAACUCCAUUAGCGUGAGCACUUUAACCUGUGAUGUACAGCCAGCUGGCCUGGUGCCCUCACAUGGUGCACCUUCUCGAGGGAUGAUCCCCCAUCCUGAGGGCACAGAGAUGAUGAGCUUUGAAAGGCAGAGAGGAUUGGCCUGGCCAGCCCGCCAUCACCCAGACCAUCCCUUCCAGCCACAAGGGCCCUUUCCAUCCCACAUGCCGCCUUAUAAUAUGGCGUGGAAAGACAAGUUUGAUGCCAGCCAGAUUUCCCCAAACACACCAGUCAGUGCUGAGCAACGACACAGUGUAGAGUACAGUGGGCCUGUAGACAGAGACCCCUCAGCUAGAGGUGAGAUGGUCAGUGGCCCUAAUGGCAUGGCCAUGAUUGAUGGGAAGGUGCUGAGAGCUAAGCAAGGAGAAGGGGGCGAGUCAAAUCAAGAUCUAGCUAAGGACAUCACUAGGCAGGUACAACAGGCAAUGGGCAUCACACAAGGCCUGUACACCCCAGGAGAUCGUCACCUGUCACCUUGGGUCGAGGGCAACGAACGGUCAGACUCACCUGAUGAACCCAUGGAUGGAGACAGCCCGGGGCAGCGGCGCAGCCGCAAGUCUACCUUCAACAUCUAUCGGGAGAUCCCUGAACGGAAGCGGAAGCUGGACCAAGAGGAGGAGGAGAAGAUCAAGCACAGCUACAAUGCAGACGGGAGCUUUGACUACUACUCCUUGACCGGCUGGAAAGCCUACAAGUGCGACCUGUGCAAAAAGCGGCGUUUCAAAACAGCCUCUGAGCUGCAGGAGCACAAGCAGCGCAAGCAUGGCCUGCAGAAGAACCACAGCAGUCAAGGCAGUCUGAAUGGGCUUCCUGAAGCAGCUGCUGCCUUGACCGUUGUGGAGAGCAGUGAGCUGAAUGAGUCCCCAUCUUCGGGCUGAGGAGAUGCUAGGGCCGAGAUGCCACUCUCCUUUUUUUUUCCUGGCUUGCUGUUCCAUAGCAGCUGUAGGUAAUGCCGCCAUGCCUACACAAUUUGAAGAAGUGUUGGUGGUCUUUUUGAAGCAGUUAACAUCCGUGAAGAUGUCGGGAGGAAUCCAAGAGACCACUAUCAUGUUGGCUUGACAGUCAUUGGUUGGUACAUACCUGUAAGGAGUAUAUCUCAUGGGAUGCUCUUGAGAGAUGUUAGGGUGGUUUUUUUGCCUCCAUCCUCAAAGAGUCACGCAAAUGCAGAAUUUGAGUGGCCGAUGUUUGUCUUGGUUUCAGAGAGGAGUCUUUCUGUGGAUUGAUUGUGGGGAAGUUUUGUGACUUCACAGUGUUUGUCAAUAUGCACUUGUUCAACCGAAAUUUUUACAUAUGUGCUUCCUACACAGACAACAAUGCUAGUUGCAAUUCCAAUGGUCUUGUACCUGUGUGUCACAUCACUGUUUGCAUUUGUUUUAUCCAUUUUUUAUUACUUUUUGUCUCACUCUUGGUAUGAGUACCACUUUCAGUCAUCUGUAUUGGUGAAGCGUUAAGAUUAGCUCUUAAACGCAGUGAGUCUUGAAUUUUUGGUUUUGGUUCUGCCAUAGUGAUCUGAGUCCUGAUUACCUAACAUCGGAAUGUGGCAAAGAUGGAAGAAAAUGCAUUGUAUGUAUUGUAAUACACGAAAUGAAAUUGUGUAUAGAAGAAAUUUUAAAACAGGUACUUACCUAUAUUUUUUUUUACAGUAAAUGCUACAAGUUUGGAAGUUUUUAUACAGAGAUUACAUUGUUUCCUUAUCCAUUUUAUAGCAAAAAUGCCUUGACAAUCUGUGCUUCUCAGAACUCAAAUAUGACGGUGGUUUUACCCCAGAAAUAUCUGCUAAGAAUCUGGACACAGGUUCUGCUGUGUGAGGAAAUUACAUUUUGACAGAAGGAGAAGACAACUUGUGUUUGCUUUGUUGAAAGUGGGACGGACGCCGUGUCAGUGUUUGGGACACACUUGAAAGAAAGUUGUGCGACUCAGGAAAGUUUGAGGUGAAGCAUGAAAUGGACGGAUCUUGUCUUGCAGUAGUGUGGACACAUACUACUUUUGGAAAAGGUGGUGUGUGUUGGGCAGGCAAUCAGAGAAGCAUUCGCCUUCACUCUAGGAAUUUUCAUUUUUGGUGCAAAUUUUUUUCUUUUAAUUUUCUAUUGUUUUAAUUCAAAUUUAAACUAGAACUUGCCACAUUUCUGAAUGUCAAGCCCUCCCAAGUUACAUGUUUAAGCCUGUUUGCUUUUUUUUUUCUUAUUUUUUACGAAAAUGACCUCUGAGCCAGCUCAGAGGUUCAGUGCGUGUAUUGUGUGCACAAAGUUCAAUUUUUGGAUAAAAUAUUCUACUGUCUUGGAAAGUCACAAGUACAAGUCUGUGUACAUCCACCUACCAGUUUUUGCAUUUAGUUUGAUUUCAUGGAGUGUUUUGUGCACAACUACAUGUAUAUGCACACGUGCCUGCACAUAAUGGAUUAUUUCCCUGGGAAAAGCGUCAAAUCGUUGAAAAGAAAAGGUUUUCGGAUUUUGGAAUAGCGGUUCUUGCAACCAGCAAAGAGGAUUCCUCCUAGCUCUUUUCUGCAGUCAUAGAUGAAUUUGAUACAAACAUUUCUAACAUUUAUAAUGAAACUGUACAGACAUGUACGCAGCAUUUACAGUCACAAUGUUUUGAUAAUGUUUAGGUGUGAACAGACAAAGUGAAAUCAGUUUUUUGAUCAGUUUUGUUGUGUAUUACACUCAGGAUAAAAGUCACUGAAUUUAUGAAAGUAUGGUAUAUACAUGUAUAUAUAACUGCCUUUUGAAUCCAGUUAUUGUAUCAAUUAUUGUAUUAUGAAGCAUGCGAGGCUGGGCCUUUGCAAUUUUUACAGGAUCUAAUUUUAGGGCUUGUUUGCGGGGGCAGGGGGGCUGUAUUUGAUGUACAGAGUGUGUGCUUGGGUUACUGGGACUUUACGUGACUGGUCCAUGUUACUGGACUGUAACAACACAUUACACAAUUUGUAAUAUAACAUUAAUUUAGUGCUUCCCUGAAGCAUCCAGACUCGACUGCCAUCAUCGCAUGUGUUGCUUCCCCCCUCCCCUUCCUGUUUGGAGAUUUCAAAGGUGAUGACCCUGCCAGUGUUUCCAGUUUAGCAAGGUGUUCAUCCAUUGUGGCAAGGGCUUUGCAUUGAAAGUUCCCAGGAAAUUUGCAUUCACCAUGUACAUGUACAAGACCUACGACUUUAUACAGGAUCCAGUGUCUGCAAGACAUGGUUUGGGGCCCUGUGGUUUGCAAUUAUAUUUAGUGCAGGGCCGUGGAACCAGUUUUCAUGUGAAUAUGCACAAAAUUUAGAAUGUCCACAGAGAAGAGUACCCUUGUGUCUGGCCACAUGCGAGGAAUGGCACGCAAGUGUUCUUCAGUCUAGCUCUCCUUUUCACCCUCCACGCAGUACCUGUGAGUUCAGGGUGUGCGAAACGUAUCUGUGUAUUCCAGGCCAUAUCAAGGUUUCUUUCUUGUGGGUAUGUCAACUAACCAUAUGCCAGCUAGAGCUCUGUUGCUGUGCAUAAUAUACCCUGUCCAGAAGCCUCAAUUUGUGCAAGCAUAAGGUUUGCUUUAAUGAGGAUUUUUCACUUUAAUGACUGUCAGCGUGGAAGUGCUACAGUUAUUGUUGGGCAGUUCAACCCCCAAUACCGGUAGUCCAUGAAAGUCUCUUGACUUACUAUCCUUAUGACGAGAAACCCACAGAGAGAGAAGACAGUGAACAAAUAUUACGUUAAUCUCUGUGAGAGGAUUACGCCGGACAAAUGUUCUUGGGGAAAACCUGCAGCCUCGGGUUAGGACUGAAAACCCAAAUCCAACAUAGGCAAGAUUCCAAUCCAGGUUGCAGAGGUGAAAGUUCAGGAAAGUACAUGUACAUGCAGCUCUCUCAGAAGCGAUUCAGGAUUAGGUGGCUUCAUUCUCUUUCCUCAGUCCUUCCCUUCAGCUGCUGACUAAUGUGAUAAAUGGUAAACACAUCUGGAUUGAAGCUGUUACACCUGGAGUCCUUAAGAGGCCUCAGAAUGCAGAAGGAAGUUUUCAGUCUUACAUAGACCUCUCCAACAGAAUCUAUUGUGUGGUGUGUAUUUUGACACAUUCCACCCUCUAAACAUCACUUCCCCACCCACUCAAAUACUUGUUCCACAUACAAAGUGUGGACAUUCCUUCGUUCUCCUGCGGUGGAAAAAAACUUUGGGAAAACAUUUCUUUUUCUCCCACUAGGAUAAUUUCCCCCAGAUUGAAUUUUUGAUGAUGAUUUCCUGGACUGUUCCUGUUCAUUUUGCCACGGAUAACAUUGACCCAAAAAUGCCUCUGACGCUGUAUUUCAGAGAGGGGAAAACAUCAUGUGGAUGUGUGCGAGUCCACACUGUGUGCCACGCCUGCACACCCAAGUGUGUAUUUUGCCUGCAAUAGGGGACCCCCUAUUGUUCCUCUUUUGUCCAUACUUCUUUGGAGGACCUCCUGUAUGUUCUGUACAUGAUAGUCAAUUGGGGGACCCUUGAUGAAUCGGGGACCCCAUUGUCGUCUGUUGUUCAGGAUCCCCAAUAGAAUGCCAAAACAAACACACACCCGUUUAAAAACCCUCCCAUGACUGUGGCCAGUAUCCUGCAGUUCGAAGUUGGGCUGCCUUGCUCAGAUAUUUUUGUGAGAUUUAUGGCGAAUUCAACUUGUUGACAUGCACUGGUGAUUGGUUUGUCGUAGUCUGGAUGUUUCCCACAGGUAGUCUUUUCUACAGGUAGUGAUAUUUGGAACACGUACAUAUUUGUAAUGCCAAUUAAUUACACAGAUUUUUACAUAGUCCUUUAUGGUUAGGCCUUAAUUGAUGACACUGUGUAAAUUACUUGGAAGAAGAGAGUUGAUUUUGUAUUUAAGCAAAACGUUAAAAAUAAAACUCUUUUUACUGGAAAUGUAUUGGGCCAGGAGCCCCUGUGAUGAUACUUAAGAGCCACCUGUUUCACCAUGUUUCAUAAUACCACUUGCAUUUGAAGAUUUAUAUCAUUGUAUAAGACUCGGGCUGUGCAUAAUUGUCGAGAAGCAUUACGCCAGCCUUUACGAUUAGCUUUUAAAAGUCAAGAAACUUUGAACUUUUUGUAUAUUUGAGAGGGCAGUUUAUUUGUGAGCAAAACAUGGAUCCGUUAAAAAAGUGCACAUUAGGGGUGCACCAUGCUCAGCCAUUAAGCUGUUGUAGCAAUGAUGGUGGUUGCCGACUUAUAUAUUCUGUUGUAAGUGCAUAUGUAUUUAAAUGAAUGAAUUGUGUACAUUUGCAGCUGACUCAACUGAAGAUCAAUUGCUAUUUGAAAACAAGAAAAAUUGUGUAAGGUCCUUCAUGAAAUCUGUACUUACUCGAUGUACUUUCCCAGGCUGAGGUUGUUAUUGAUAUGAGGAAGAAGUACAUGUAUAAGUACACACACCUCGUUAGGACCAACAAUGUAUUUUUUUGUUGCAGUUGAAAGCAGCUUUGAUUUUCAGUGUUUGCUCGGAUACUCCUAGGCUAUUUUACCCCUUCGUGGUGGUGUAGAAUUGGAUCAAUAGAAAAUUUUGUUAUUUUGCUCUUGUUUUGUUUGUCAUUUAAUAAUUGGCCCUAAUGCAAAGUUUGCCCUUGUGCUCUCGUUGCCAAAGAAGAUGGAGUGUGAUCUGCUCAAGCAAAAUCAGACAGAGCCAGGGAACAAAGAAACAAGUAGACCUUAUUCACGGGGGGGGGGGCAUUUUUAAAAAUGUUAUCUUGUUCCCUGAAUCAAUCAUAUUCAAGGGAAUAUGUUAAAUGAGGUGGUGCCAGACUAUUUGAGGUUGCACACCUCACUUUCAAUGGUUUUUCAAUUUAUCAAGAAUUUUAAAUUAUGCUUAACAAUGACCAGAAUGAAUUUGUAUAAAAGUUUAUUUCACCACUGAUAUUUUUACUCUCAGGAUCCCAACAUGAAAAUUUUUACCUCACUUAAUUCAAGAUGGCUGCCACACUGCUCCCUAAGUUUCCAGCCUACUGAUACCUUUCCCAGAGAACUACAAAUAGCAAGCAAUGCACAUGUACACAGAGCAGAUUCAUGUACAACUGUACGGACACGGACCAUGUACUUUCUUGCAUACAUGUGCAUAUGUACAUGCAGCUUGCAUUCCUUGUCUCUCUCUGCUAGAUUGUCUUUUUCUGAAUUACGCGUGCAAGCCUCCCGCAAACAAGAAACAAGUCCAACCACCAGCCAGGGGCCUCUCCCUCGUCCUAAUCUCUGUACCUCCACCAUGUCCACUACAAAUUGCGCCUGCUGUAUUGCGUGCUCACUGGUUAUCUUAUACCUUGGCUUGACAUUUACCCUAACACUGCUGGAGCCGCAACAGGUUUUAGUGUUGGCUUCCAACUAGGCUAUGAAGGCCCACGCACGGCCAGGGCGGCCCCCAACUAGCCCAACUAGAGGUGCCACAUUUACCGUGCUGGCAACUUUUCUCCAAAUGCUUGAGUUGGCUGUUUUGAAUUGAAAAAGUGGCAAACCAUGCAUGCACAGAUUUAACCUCAUUCCUGCUGUUGAUCAGUGAUUCUAUUUAAAAUUACCCUAAGAUGGAAAAAAAAUCACCUCCCAAUAUUGUAGCAGCAGUGUUUUUGAAAGAGAGACAAACCAUGGGUGCAUUUUGGCAGUUUUAAUCAUUGUGUGAGCUGUGGACUAUUCAUUCAGUUUCUUGGUGACUUGUGCACCAAGGAGCAAUGGCCUCUGCUUCUGUUCACGAAUGUAACGUCAGAAACUGUUUGUUUCAUUUGUAAAAAAGUUGGGCACCUGUCCAUUCAAGGCACAACAUUUUCAUAAGAGGGAUUCAGGGAGCCAGAUCUGCAAUGUCCAUUCGUCGCAUAAUGCCCGGCCUGCGGAGUGACUCGGGCCGUGUUUUCCAAAUCGAGCAUUUUGUGGCUACAGCUUUUGGUUUUUUACCAUUAGCAUACCACAGCAAGUGAGCCGUUGCCGUAGUCAGCAACAGCCUUUAUGCAUGUUAUGGAUACACCUCAGUGACUUGUAGCAAGCUCACUUGUGUGAAAUUUCAAAUACCUAGUGCAGACCAGUUGAGAUGAGCUAUGCUGACAACUGUUAGCACAGGUGAAAGAGGGAUAAAGUUUAAUUCACGCAUUGCCUUUGAUGAAAUUCCUGCUGUGGGGAGACGUACAGUGACUCUAAGCAUUUGGGUUUUGUCCUCAAUACCAAAAGUAAAUCCAUGAGCUCUGUGUACCCGUUGCGGCUGACAGCAGAAGUGAGGGUAGGGGAGGGGGACAGUGGGCAGGUCCUAUAAUGAGGUGGGGCUUAUUAAUAUUAAUGGCCAAUGCCAGAUGGUCUCACAACUGGACCCCCCACUUUGAAAAUAAUUCUGCUGCUGUUGCCCAGUACGGUUCACAAACUUGUGACUUAUUUAAAGAUCCAAGACAGCUCUGAAUGUCAUGAGUGCAUUAAUUUUACAUUGUAGUGGGAAAAAACAAAAAUUUAAAUUAACAAAGCACUGUUAAGGGAGUAUGGUCCCUCCCAAACAUUCCUGAAUAUGGUAUUUUUGAACCGAAUCCUUGAAAGUGCAUUUAACUACCAACAGUGCUCUUCUUCAUGUAUUAUCAUGAGGUGUGGUUAAAUCACCAGCCGCCCACUUGACAUCUAGUCUGGUGAUCUGUCUCCUUUGAAUAGAUGCACUCUGUCUAAGCUUCUUAAGCACCAAACCAAUCAAACUCCAGCAGCAGCCAACUUGACUGGUAAAUUAUGGUGGUAAAUAUGUUUAGUGACAAUCCCGGAUUUUUUUUGCUAAUGGGAUGUAUUAAGGGCUCUGUCCAUCAAGAGAUCUGAACAUAUUGAACUCAUAGUUUUGUCAGACUGCACAAAAAUGACAUGUACAUGUACACAUCAUCCAUAAACUCAGCGCUCAUUUUGUAGCAUCUGUGUGCUUUCAGGUAAAGACAAACCACCAUUGCAUCAUGUGACGUGUUGAAAUGUCAGUGUCUGUCAUCUGGAGUAUGUAUGCGCUGGAACCAUGAUUUAGGGCAGUUGAAACCUCUGUAUCUUGUAGUCAGCCUGAAGACCAACAUGGAGACACCAGUAGGUUCAUAGAAAACACACUGACUUUUGAUUUAGCUUGAAGUCUCACAAUCCAACGGGAGGAGGGCCCUGGCAGGUGCUACUGGUUAAAAAAACCCUCCUGCCUGUCCAUUUGUCCCAAAGAUUUCUGUUGAAGAAAUUUACAAAAAUGUAGCUUGUAUUCUGAGAGGUAUCCAAAUGGCUUGAAGAAACCAUGAUUGUCGAAAAUUGGCUGCCUUCUGAAGUAAAUUAUAGUUAGUACCCAAAAGUAAUGUCUCAUUUACUUGAAACUUACCUGGAUAAUGCAUGUAUGCGUCUUAAUGGCCAUUUUGAUACAUACAUGUUAAUGAAGAUAACUGGGUGCCACAGCAAAAUCUGAAGCGUUUUAGAGGACGCUUUUUUUCCUGGGCCAACUGAAUAUACAUGAAGAUGAAGCUGUUCCAUACAUGAAACUCACAAGUUUUUCUGUUGAUUUCACUAAACCCCAACUGAAAAACCCCUUUAUUUUUUCCCUGUUGGCCCAAACCCCAUUGCUUCAGUGUUUGGAUGAAGAGAUUUAUGGUACAUUCAUCCUUUGAAUGAAGAGAUCAUGCAGAGGUUGGGGUUGUACUUGUAUUCCACGUGCAGUGUUUGAUAAAACUUGACAAUAACAAUUUUCUUGACAACGUGCUUAAACGCAAUUGUGUGCGCGCCUCUGGCCAAAAAACGGCAUAAUCUCACAGAACAGCUAAGACGUACAUGUAUCUAGAUGUCACUUGAUCAGGACAAAAAUUGUGUCCAAGGUGUCAGGAAACUUUUAAAGGAACAUUUUAAAAUAUUCAACAUUUGAGAGGCAAAAAUUGGCAUUGUUUCCACUUGAAAGGCACACAUUUGUAUGAAAAACAAAAGUGGUAAGAUUUUAAACUUGGAACUUUUUGCUCGAGUGAAUCUUGGCAGAGCGGCCGCUAUGCUUUUUGUCCCUCAAAGUAAGUUUGCACGCUUGUUUUGUUUAGUCAUUUCUUUUGCCACUCCAUGAGUAUCCACUUGUAAUGCUUCAGCACAGGCCGUUGAGAAAAGAAAUGUAUCUAUAUUGAUUCAGAUAAUCAGAUAUUUUCUAUUUUAUUGAUAAGAUAUUUGGAGGAUUUUUUAUUGUGCCACGGUGUGAUCAUACCGUAUAUUGUGAAUCGUAUGAUCUGCCACCAAGCUAUUAAUAUACAAACAAAAAAACAGAAAAUUAAAAUAAUGUAUGGAGUUUCUGCCAUUUGUGGCUUUGGAAUUAAACUGAUUUUUCAACUCCACAGUUAAGAGUGAUGUAUGAGUUAUUUUGAAGUUCAGUGCUAUGAUUUGGAAUCAGGAAGUGCCAUACAAACGAAAGGAAUUAAUGCAUGCAUGUUGGUUUAUGCGCUGGUUCUCUCGCCACUGCCCUUAACACACAUAAUUGUGCGUGUGAUGUAUUCCCUUCGGUACUCAGUAGGAUACCGCCAACCUACUGCUUAUACAAAUGUUGUCAAAUGAGUUGAACCCUGUCCGACACGAUACACUGUACAUGUCCUGUAACAGAGCGUCACUACAUUUUAUAUUUUUUUUGAAAUCUCCACUUUUUCCAUUCAUACCAUAUUGAACACGUACGGGCUUUCCCAAGCAUACUGACAAACACAUACAUGUAGAUGUUCAAACUUUAUGGACAGUUGCAGUGUAGGGUGGGGAGAGUGGUUUGAAAUUCAAAAGUACUCAAAAGCUAAAGGCACUGUUUAAAGCAACAAUAAAAUAUGGAUUAGUGGGGCUUUUAUUUACUUUAAAAACUAUUUCAUACCCAAGAUUUUUAGUGCUGAAGUCAAGGGUCCACUCCCCCCCCAUUUCUGAUUUGUAACAAAUUUCCAAAUGCAUUCACUGCCUUAUACACCAAACACACUUCCACAAGAAAUAAGUCCAAAAACUCACAGGCAAGUGCUUAGAAAUAUUUUUAUUAUUAAAACAAUACCAUUUACAGUAAUUUGAUUGGUAUAGUGAAACACAAUUUCUACAUUCAGAGUAGGUUUAGUGACUACUGGAAAUGCAAAAUAUAGCCCUUGGUUCUUGAGUACACUUUUUUUUUUCAUAGGUGGAUUCUCUAACUUCACACUGCUCUGAUGUAUGGUAUCCCGGGUACCCCGUGAACCA